UGCCCCUGAAGUCGCAUUUCCCCGGAGGAGCGGUGUAUUGGAGCCGGGCUGCUGUACACUGUGUAGCACCCAGAGAGACGGUGCUGUUGCCAAAGCGAUGAGUCCACAACAUACAGGAACUGCGAUGUCAUAAAGAGAGAGAGAGAGAGAGAGAGAGAGAGAGAGAGAGAGAGAGAGAGAGAGAGGGGGGGGGGAAGGAGGAGGAGAGGAGAGGAGAGGAGAGGGAGUUUGCAGCUUGGCCAAAGUGCGCUAUCAGCUGCUGAAGGCUGGAUAGACGAGCGGUGCGGGGAUACUGAUAGAGAGGAGAGAGGGUGGGGGCGCGAGGCGGUGGACGGAGACUCUCUCGUCGUUGUCGUCGGUGACGGUCGUACAGAUGGGCGCGACUCUCCUCAGCUGAGCCGGCCACCGAUCCAGCAGCACCAGAGGCCACCCAAUGCUGCCUGAAUCCAGCUGACCACAGUUGGACAACCCACAUCCUGCGAAUGCCACUUGGCUAUAACUGGCACCAUGCUCCCCCGUAGCAUGCGAACAGGAGGUUAUGACCUGCCGGGGGUGGAGUCAAGCGACGUGCCUCUCAUUGGCUACCGGCCCUUACCGCCUGACAGCGGCACCCCGGGCAACCAAUCAAGGAGGGGGAGCGGCAGCGAUGAAUUGGAAACUUCACAGGCAGAGCCCUCACCAAUGAAAACCACCUGGUACUGUGAUCUGAAUCUGUCCACUGUGGUGGAGGAAGAGGAGGACGGACUGAUCUACACAGUGGUGGUCAAACAGCAGCAUGGUGUCCCCAAUAGUGUGACGUCAGCAGCUCCUCGCUCUCAGUGUGUAAAAGCAGGGACAGAAGAGAAGCUGGUGCGCCACCUCUUCCACUCCUUUUCUCUGGGAGACUCCUCCUUUAUCACCAUCUUCCUCUCCACCUAUCGAUCCUUCACCUCCACGGGGAGAGUGCUGGACAUCCUGUCUGACAGAUUGGAGAACCCGCCUGGGGACAGCGAGAGGAGCCAGAUGAGACAAUCUUUCAACAAAGCGGUGUGUACUGUGUUUAGCACGUGGCUCUCUGAGUAUCCUGAAGACUUUAAGAGUUUGGGGGAACCCUCUCGCCUGCUGCGCCUGGCUCCCCUCCUCCCCCAGGACUCCUCGUCUGCAGCCGACCUCUGCGCUCGCCUCCUCAACAUAGCCGAGGAGCUCAGCGAGAAAGCCCUGCUCCCUGACGCCCAUAAAGAUCAGAGCGGUUUCACCAGCCCUCCUCCUGACGCCUCCAAGUUUGAACCCACCAGUGUCCUUGGAUUCCCUGCAGCGCUCAUCGCUGAGCAGCUCACCAAAAUAGAGACAGAGCUGUUUGUCCGUCUGGUCCCGUACCACUGCCUUGGCUCACUGUGGUCGCAGAGAGACAAGAAAGGGAGGGAAGGCGUUUGUUGGUCCGUCCGGGCCACCAUACGUCAGUUCAACAAGUUGGCCAAUGCAGUUCUAGCAUCCUGCCUUUGGCCUACGAAACUGCGCAGCCAGCAGAGAGCCCGACUUCUGGAGAAAUGGAUCAGCGUGGCAGAGGAAUGUCGAGCCAGGAAGAACUUCUCCUCACUGUAUGCCAUCGUGUCGGCCCUGCAGAGUAAUCCCAUCCACCGGCUGAGGAAGACGUGGCAUGACACUGACAGGGAGGCGGUGAGGAGAUACGAGGAACUGUCAGAAAUAUUCUCAGACAAGGACAACUACUCACAAAGCAGAGAACUCCUAAAGGAGGAGGGCACAUCAAAGUUCGCCAACAUUGACCACAGGCUCAACAACAAACAUAUUAAUAGGUCCAACGCCCAGGGCACUGUGCCCUACCUGGGCAUCUUCCUCACAGACCUCACUAUGCUGGACACGGCGGUCAAAGACAGGCUGGAUAACGGCUACAUCAACUUUGACAAAAGGAGAAGGGAGUUUGAGGUUUUAGCUCAAAUCCGGCUCCUGCAGUCUUCUUGCAAAAACUGUGUUUUCACCGCUGACGAGGCCUUCAUACAGUGGUAUCAGAGUGUACCGACACUAACAGAGGAGGAAAGUUACAGACUGUCCAAUGAAAUUGAAGCACCUGGUGAGCCGAGCCCCCGCGGCCUUCCUCCAACAGUCAUCAUCACACAGUGCCCAGACCUGAGUAGGUCUCGGACCAGCCUGACUGGUGACAGUGACAGCCUCUUUGACUUCCCCUCCCCUGUCAAUAAUCUGCUCUCAAAACUCACAAAGCAUAUGAAAUCUCCGUCUGUGUCCUGUCUGGAUGUUGACACGUCUCCUUCAACCACUGACUCCACCCCUGCCACGUUGACUCCAUCCACUCCCACAAAGUCACACCGCCGAUCAGUCUCCUGCGGCAACAACCCCCCUAAUAACAUCCAAGGGUCGGGGCCCGACAUGCGAAUCAUCAGGAUACGGAUGGACCUGCACGAUGGAAACAUGUACCGAAGCAUACUGGUUACGAGCAAUGACAAGACCCCCACUGUGAUCAGCUCUGCCUUAGAAAAGCACAAUCAGGACCCCAAACAGACGUCCAGAUAUGAGCUGAUCCAACUUCAGCCUGAAGGAAAAGAACUGGUCAUCCCUGCUACAGGAAACGUCUUCUAUGCCAUGACAUCGUCUAGUGUUGACUUCCUGUUGAGGAGGAAAGACGGGGACACUCCUCUGAGCUCACAGCCGAUCAAAACGGAGUCGAGCGCCACUUAUCCUCGAAUCAAGGCCAAGGGGAGGAGACUGGUCCGGGCACUACAUUGACAUCAGAUUUUCCUGAACCCAACUUUGUCCACAGUGAUGGAUUUUUCUCCUCACAAACAGUAAAUGUGGCCUUCUACACAUGCCUUUCUCCCUACAAAGCUUGUUCCACUAAAACACCAAAACCAAGUCUUUAUCAACGACUCCGGAGCAGGUUUUGUCAAACUUUUCAUACCUGCAGCUGCCCUGCUGAGUUCACUAGAGCCGUCUGCUACUGAAGAACAGUGUCAGUUUUCCUCUUUUGCUAAACAGUAUGCAUUACUAAUUUACACCUCGAGGUAAAGCAAUGAAAGCCUUUAACUGAGUGCUUUUGGUGCUGGCUCUCGAGUCCCAGUCAGGUAUCACUUAAUGCAUUUUCAACUCAGUGAAUAAGAUCCAUUUCAUUGCUUAUAGCCACCAGGAAAUCCCUUGUUGCUGUGUGCCUCAGUCGUGAGCGAUGCUUCCAAAUGUAAAUAAGAGGAUUUGAUUGGUCAGAACCUCUGUGAUCACCUGAGAUGCCGUUGAAGGAUUAAGGACAGUGUUUUCUUUGGGAAGACGCAUAAUAAAAUCGAAAUAUACAGAGCCUGUCAGAUGUGGUUCUGGUAAACAGCACACAUGAGGAAGACCCAAAGAUACAGUGCAAGUGCAUCCAUGUAGCAAAACACUGGAGCUUGAGACAUAUAUAUGUUUUGUAUGUAUUUAUAUAUUUUGUACGUCUGUAUGAUGUCAACCUUGUGUUUACACUGGCGAGAAGCUCUAGGUCCUAGAGGCCAAAUUGUUUAAUUCAUCAAGGCAAAAAAAUGCAUCAAAUACCUGCAAGAUUUCCACUUUAAACAGGCCAGGACGUGUCUACAGACAGCAAUUCAUUAAAUUACUAUUCAUAUUUUGAUUGUUUGUUUUGUAGUUUGAAACCCUGUUUCCAGCAGCAGCCGUUUUUUUUUUUUUUUUUUUUUUUUAGCAACAACAAAAAAGGGUAAAGCUACCUUGUGCUACCUGCCCAACAGCAACCAGCAGACAUACAAAGUUAGCGACUAGCUGGUGAAAAAAAAAAGUCAAACUAUCAAAUCUAUCUGCUAAAGAGCCAGAUAAUUUCCUCAGAAGUUGCUAAAGACCAAACUAGCCCUAAACGGAGAGUGAUAUGCACUUAUGUUAUCAGAUGGACCAAGAUACAACUCCAGAUAAAUACUUCCUCUUCAGUUGUUUGUGUAUUUAGGCAGCUGUUCACUAACACCUUAGCUGUUGAAACUUUAUAGGCUGUCAUACAGCUCGUUUUACAAUUCUUUUGACCCCUAGUGGCCAAAGAAAAUGAUUAUUGACUUAAAAAAGGAGACUUAAAAAAAAUGCAGCACUUUCAAAGCUUGUGGCUUUGCUUCAGUUUAUCACUGCAGUACCAAAACCAUAAGGAAAACCGUAAGGAAAAUAAAAAAAAACAAAAAAAACAACUUUAUUAAGCCUAAGGUUUGAACUUUUCAACAGAGCAUAAGCUAAACUUAAUUUAUGCAGAUUUUCACACAGCUCAGCAGGAUACAUCUUCACUGCUGUUUACGUACAGCAAAAAAAGCCUCAGUCGCAAUUUCAUGUUAUGAACAUGUUAACUUCCAUGUUGGUUUAAAACACACAACCUCUUUGAAAAAAAAGUCUUGUGACCUGUAGUUGUACUCACUGCUCAGUGCUGGUGAGGCCACCUUACUGGCUGAGGCACGAGCAUAGCGGGGACCAGGGAAAGGAUUCUGGGUAAUAAUAGAUGACGUGUGCUAGCGUUAUGCUAUGCUACUGAUUGUUUUAGUGCCUUUCUCUACAGGAUGCUCGUCUUUCCCGUGUUUGCAUUAGAAUGUAUACAGUAUACGUGGAGGAAACGCAGUCACCUCCAGUGCUCUGUAGUCUCACAUCAAAGCUGUUUAUGCACUACACACAGGAAGUCCUAUAUUUGUGGUAAUAAAUUUACUUUUAUAUGAAUUUCAUUGCUUUUGACUGAUGUGCUGUAACAUAUUCCACUUUCAAUACAGACAGCUAUUUGCCAUGCUGCUGAGUAUCUUAUACACAUAAUUAAAGCUGUCUGUAUAUGUCAAAUACACACAUUUCUAUUUUUUAUUAUUAUCAUGGAUCAGGUAAACAAAGCAAGCUGAAUAUACAUCAGUGACAAAAAAAAAAUACACCUUUGUUUUUAUUAUUUUUAUUCUGAUUCAAGAUAGCCAGCAUCUUCAUCUUCAAGUAAAAUCAAGGAAUGUAUGUGGAAAUGUGAUACAACUAUAACACAUAAUAAAAGAAGAGCUGGAUAUGUCAGAAAAAGCACAUUAGAAACACUCAUACCAACCCAGUUAAUAACACAAGCAUUCAUGAAACACAAAGUAUUAAAGCAUUCC